GACACUUGGCACGCCUAACCAMCUAUCGAAUGUCAUUUGCUUGCUCGAGUAUAGCCAACAUCGAUAAUGGCGAAYAGCUCUUCGCAUGUUAACGACACAGACUUCGAGUACUACUUCAAUAUCUUUGAAAAAGUUAGCAUAUCAUCUUCUGUUUUUCUAUCCAUCGUCGCUUUCGCUACAGUCGUCAUCAAUGGCAUCUCUUUGUACGCCAUUUACAAAGACCCGCUGAAAUGCUUUAGAAAUCCCUUCKCAGUCUUCCUCACAGGGAUUGUAGUGUCAGAUUUCUUGACUGGUCUAAUCGUGGAACCAGUGUUCGUCGUUGUSUAUGUGUUGUGGCUCAAAGAUGUUAAUUUAGACGACUACAUCAAAGUGAUACGAAGCAGUCAAAUUCUUAGUGCUGUAACUAUAAACACGUCGUUUUUGACAGUUCUCGCUCUCGCCGUCGCUCAACUCAUCGCACUCAAAAAUCCUUCCCUGUACAGCAAGGCUGUUAAGACACCCUUCGCUGUGAUGGGAAUCGCAGCCAUUUGGUGCUACGCUAUUUUGUUCGCCGUUAUACCAGAAAUGACUCACAUAGACAUGGAAAAAUACUUCAUAAUCGACUUGAUUCUGCACACCACUCUAAUCUCGGUCGCUUUGGUCAUUAUUUACAUCAUAAUUUACUUCGUAUUUGUGCGCGCUAUGCGAAGACACCAAGAAGCGUCCGAGCAUGGAAAUGAAUCUGGAGAAAUUACAAUAUCUGGAGAAUAUACAACCCAAGAAGACCCCAAUGAAGACGAAGAAGUUCAGGAAAGACCAGCGCGAAUCUCCAACGAGAAACUAGAGAAAGAUUUCUUGAUUGGCUCGAUUAUUUUGAUCGUUGUUUUGAUGGUGACAGUGUGGCCAUUCACUAUUUCUUUGUACAUAUGGAUGUUCAGAUCAUACAAUGACGACGACACUUUCUUGAAGGACUAUAUAGCGCUUGUAUUCCUUGAUGAUAUUAUGUUCCUAAAGUUUCUUCUUGAUCCCCUAAUCUUCGUCUGGCGCCUUCCCAAGUAUCGCAAAGCGAUCUCACUGGUUCUGGCACCUGUGAGGGUAAGAGUUUUAAGCCUCUCCGGGAGCAGCCGGGCACCCAAUACUCAAUACCACCGACAGACCGACGAGGACUCGGUGGAAGAACGGCUCGUUGGUGAACGCGAGUGGAGUGCAGAUAUCAAUUCUGGAGUCUUAGAGAUCAAUGAACCCCAGGCAUAAAACAGAAAAUGAAAUUGUUGUGAAUACAACAAUCAUUUCAACAAUCCGCUCUUUUGACCAGUCCCUUAAAAGGUCAGGCUGACCUCCAUGUUUUCCUUUCCAAGGAAAGGUCACUCUAUGGAAGUCUAGAAUAUAAUUAUUUGAAAGUAGUCUCUAAAGAAAGUAAUGUUGAUUAUUUUUAGUAGGAUGUAAAUGCAUUAAUUUUGUAGAAUUCCAUCAUCACUGAAAGUGAAGUUUACAAUUUCAUGAUCAGUAUGAAUUUAUGCAUGAUAAAAGUAUGAUAACAGACCAGCUAGCGACCAAUGUAGACUGCGGGCGGCUCACCGGGGACCAGCCUGGGCCCUUCACUCCUCCCCCAGACACAGGAUUAACAACAGUUUCUAUUGCUCAAAAUAGAAGCUGUAAGCAUGUAAGUGCCAGUCUAGCAUGCCAGCCAGCAUCAGGCAAUAGAUAAAAGCAGGUUUUGCAGUGAAUUUGGGAAACAUUCAUAAUUUUUUUCAUUUCUAGACUGCAAUUUAAAAUAUUUUAACUUUAAUAAAGUUAGUAUUAGUUGCAUAUUUUUGCAUUGUAUCUGCAUUAUGAGCAUUGUUUAAGUAUAUCUUAAAAUAAAUUUGUAAAUAUAAAAAUUAUCAAAAUGGUGGUAAAUAAAGGUUAUUCAAUGGAAAGUCAA